UUUGGCGUUUUUUUGGUCGACCUAUAUUAUGCACCAGGAAGGCGUGCGCGAUCUCUGGUGGGAACGGAACAAAAUGGACGAGGCGUUGAAAAUGCAUGGCGUGUUCGUCAGGUUUUCCUGCGCAAAAGAUCUGCAGGUUCUUUCCGAGAUGCGUUUCGAGUGACUCCAGCGCGUCCGCAUAAUCCAUUCAAAAAUAGUAAAAGAAAGAAGAUGGCACGUCCGUAUGACAAUCGGGACAUCGUGGAAAAGUAUAUCUAUCACAAACUUUUAAAGCGCGGAUACGUGUGGGAGUUCGGCGCUGGAUUCGAGGAGGUGGAAGUUCUGGAGCGCAGGCUGCACCGCGUGCUGCGCGAGGCUGGAGAUGAGAUCGAGAGGACCUACCAGCGCGACUUUGCGGCCAUGUCGGAUCAACUGCAGUUCACAGCCAGCAAUGCGCAGCGCCGAUUCACAGCUGUCAUCGAGGAGCUGUUCCGGGACGGAGUCAACUGGGGACGCAUCGUUGUCUUUUUCGAGUUCGGAGGAACCCUAUGUGUGGACAGCGUGAACCGGGAGAUGGCGGCUCAGGUGGACAACAUAGCCCGGUGGAUGACGGAUUACCUGAACGGGCCGUUGCAGAACUGGAUUCGGGACAAUGGCGGCUGGGAUGCUUUUGUGGAGCUUUACAGUCAGCGGAGAGCCUCUGCGUUCCACCCUUGGCCUUAUCUAAAGACAGUGUUUGGUCUGGCAGCACUAGGGGCAGCAGGAGUCACCAUUGGAGCCCUUUUCUCUCAAAAGUGAUCUGGAUCAUCCUCGUCUGUCCUUUCCGUCUGUCUCUCAUCUGGCUUAUGAAGGUCUAUCAGUAUAGCACAGCCCUGCCGUUUACUCUUUACCAUGUAGGUGCUUUUUAAAAUGAGAGCUGAAGAAAUCCAAGGAUUAAAAAGACACGAAGAAGCUCUUAGAUGCAUCAUCACUGCCAUGUAUAGAUAAAUACACAGCCACGUCAAACGUAUGGAUCAUAUAGGCGCACAAAACUCAUUUAUAUCUUUUAUUGCAAACAAUAGUUGUAUAUAAACUGAACAAUAACUCAUUUUUAGCGAUCUGCCAAUGACUGGUUUUAUUCGUAAUGUUUUCUAGCAUGGGAUUGAAAAUCAUACUUGGAAUAUAAAUUAAAAAACAACUGAAAAAGGAGACUGCAUGCACAGUGUAGAGCUCAGGAGCUCUAAGUUCUUUUUGCAUGAUGGCCUUUUCAGCAUGUUUUCAAAUCACAGCAAUGCCCUCCUGUCUACUUUUUUUUGUUUCCAGUUCUAAUCUGAAGAACGCCUGACAGCUGAGCACAUGCUACGCGUUUCUCAUUAAGCUUUUCUGUUUGAUUGGCGGACGAGCCUCUGGCUGUGUCAGGCACAAUGCGAGCGACGUCCUUGCCGGAUGACCAUAAAGCUUUCAACAGCUUAGAAGUUUGAUAUCUAAGGCAUACCAUACCUGAAUGUAUAAUGUGCAUGGUUGAACUCCACAGACAAUUAACCUUUCUCAUCUUGUCUUUUAUACUGUGUCUUUUUAUGUCCUUUCUUCUUAAAUAGAAAAUGAAAAUGAAAAAGAAAUUUUUGAGGCAAGGCUUUGAUGGAGAAUUAUUUUUAAAAGUCAUGAUCCAGGUAGGGCACCUGUGGGUGUAUGUGUGUGUCUGUCAUUGUAAGUAGAGCGUGUUGAGAGAGAGAGCUUAGCUGGAAUAAGUACUGGUUAUCUUGUGGCCGUUCCGCUGGCCAGAGAUAAGACAGGGCAGCUGGGUCAGCCAGGUGUGGGUUUGAAGGCUGGGAGGGGUGAGAGGGGCACAGUAAAGGGGUUGCAGCUAGAAACAGAGCUUGAUUUCGCUGGGCAAUAAGGGCAUACAGAGAACAGAAGUUCCACACAGAUAUAGCUUCCUUCACGCAUCAAUGUCUAUUGUGAAAUUUAUCAGUUGUUCAAGUUGGAGGGGAAUACUCUGUUCCCAUUAAGAUCAAAGCAGCCCAAAAUGUUCAUGCUGACACCUUUAAGUCUGGCCAUUUGAAAUAAUAGCACAAUGAAGAAACAACAGGAGAGAUUCUGACACAGAAGCUGAUGGUCAUUUGUAGCAAGGACACUUAGGAUGGUUCACCUUCAGUCCUGAAGUAUUUACAACAAAUAUUCGACCACAUCUAGUUUAGAUUGUAAGAGCUUUGAAGAUGCCAUAGCACAUCAUAGCCAGAAAUCCUAGAUGGUAUCUAGGAUCUGUGGGGUGGUAAACCGGACAGACUCCUCUGUCCAGUAGUGUAUAAAGUAUAAAAGUACAAGUAUCUUACCAGAAAUUUACUUUGAUACAGUGGUGUAUAAAGUAUAAAAGUACAAGUAUCUUAUCAGGAAUUCGCUUUGAUAGAA